CGGUCGAGCGGAGGCUAAGCCCGGCGCAGGGGCCCGGUCGCUUGCGUCGGGCUCCCGCAGCCCGCGCGCGAGGCCAUGUCCCAGGGGAGCAGGCGGGAAGAGGCACGGGCGGGCGGCAGCAGCAGCAGCCUCCGGAGGCAUCGGAGUCACAGCGAAUCCCUGCCCAGCUGCAGCUCCCAGACGGGCCAUAAAGAGCAGGAGCGGAAGGAGCAGAAGAGAAAUAAGCGGGUGGUGCAGCAAAUCCAACAGAUCCAACACCUGGAGUCCUUCUAUGAGAAACUUCCUCCAGGGCUAAUUAAGGAAAAUGAAACUAAACCAGAGGACUGCAUUCCUGAUGUACCUGGCAAUGAAAAUGCACGAGAAUUCCUAGCACAUGCUCCAACCAAAGGAUUAUGGAUGCCUUUAGGAAAAGAGGUCAAGGUUAUGCAAUGCUGGAGAUGUAAACGAUAUGGACACCGAACAGGGGAUAAAGAAUGUCCUUUCUUCAUCAAAGGCAACCAAAAAUUAGAACAGUUCAGAGUGGCACAUGAAGACCCCAUGUAUGAUAUAAUAAGAGAAAAUAAACGCUAUGAAAAAGAUAUGAGGAUAGAGCAGUUGAAACGGUUGCUGGAAGACUCCACAUCAGAUGAAGACAGCAGCAGUAACAGUUCCAGUUCCUCAGAGAGUCAGGAGAAACGCAAGAAGAAGAAAAAAGAAAAGAAGAAGAAGAAGAAAAAGAGGAAACACCGAUCUUCUAAAUCAAGCAAAAAGUCUGAAUCGGAUUGAGGAGAUGGCUGCCUUUAUGUCCAUGAGUUGUAAAGGAGCCAAAGAACAUUCCUUCAUUUCUGUUCUACCUGCAGUUUGCAUGCUCUACCUUCCUUGCGUUUGAAAACAACAACAACAAAACCAAGUUAGGUUAUUUACUGUACGAGCUGCUGCCAAGAAAAACUACUUCUGGGGUAUGCACCGGUAUGUGCAUGAGCGCAUGCACACUGACUCUUCCCUUUAGCUAUUUUUGUAACAGGUCCCUCCACCCUUUUUUAGUCUGUUAAGACUUCAACAAUCAAUCAAUGUAGGAAAGGGGAAGCUGCCAAUAGGGAAGUUCCAAAAAUAGCUCCCAAGAUAUACACAAAUACCUUUUCAUCAAAGCCUAGGAGCCUUUAGUGAAAAGGAUUCCUGUAGUGGCAUGUCACCAGAGUGUCUGCAGUAUGGCAGAAGGCCCAGCCUUCACUGCAAGAAGCUUGAUGGAUAAUAUGCAGAGGCAGAUGAAGAAUUACAAAGGGGCUUGGUGUGGGCUUCACUCACAACUGCUGCAGCUGAACUUCUGCUCUAAAAAGUGGCUUUGUACAAAGCACAAUCACAACUAUAAUCAUCUACCACAAUACAAGAGUACAUUUUAUGAUUUAAGUUAUUUUCAGAUAUUCUUUAUCAUAAAGCUGCUCAAUUUAUCAUCCGUCUUCCAGCUACAUCUGACACAGCAGGAAGGGCUCCACAGAUUUCUGUAAGACUGGAAUUGGAGUCUAAGAAAUUGUAAAACAACCUACAGGGGUGAUGGGCUGCGUUAAGCUAUGCAGAUCACACAUUUUGAAGGUCUGGUUUAAAUCUCCCAGGCCAGGCAAACUCCUGAUAGUCAUUAGUUUAGAACACAUCAUGAUAUACAACAUGGGUAUGGAAACCUGACAGACUAUUUCUUUGAAUGGGGCAAAGUGAUGUACGUUGGAAUUCACAAUGGCAUUUUCCUUUUAAGCAGUAACACGACAGAAUGCUUUAUCACAGCCAAAUGCUUUGUCAUAAUGGAAAGCUAGAUUGUGAUUUCACUUUGGUUCCUGGGACUCCCAUUUUACUGACAACAAAGCACACUUAAAACAGAUAGAAAGCCCUC